GCCGCGCGCCAAGCCGCAAGCCCAGAACCCUCCCUGUCCUCCCAAAACCCCGCUUGCCGGAGAUGGCCAGCGGCGACCUCCUCCUCCGCGCCCACGCCGGCGCCCCGGUCCUGGCGAGGGCCUUCCCUUGCCGCCUCCUCGUUCUGACGAGGCGCCGCCGCGGCCUCGUGUCCCCCCUGACCGCCGCCAAGGUCGGCGGCGCCGCGGCCGUCCAGAAGCGGCGGCGGAGGGACGCGGGGGAGAGCCUCUCGUUCUCCAGGGUGGUCACGAGGAGGGACGCUGUCGACGAGGAUGAGGAGGACGUGGAAGGGGAGGCUCUGCAGCUGGGCGCGGGGACGAGUGGGGGCGAGGCGGGAGGUGUGGAUGGCUCCUACCUCAGUGACACAAGGUUUGAUCAGUGUGCCAUUUCUCCUCUAUCUUUGAAAGCUGUCAAGGAUGCUGGAUAUGAAAGGAUGACCGAGGUGCAGGAAGCAACUCUGCCCAUAAUCCUUCAUGGCAAGGAUGUUCUUGCAAAAGCAAAGACAGGAACUGGAAAAACCAUUGCCUUCUUGCUUCCAGCUAUUGAGGUUCUCUCCACAUUGCCUCACCAGCGGAAUCAGUUACGGCCACCUAUAAAUUUGCUGGUGAUGUGUCCUACUAGGGAGCUUGCAAACCAAGUGGCUGUUGAGGCCAAGAAGCUUCUCAAGUAUCAUCGCUCACUGGGUGUGCAGGUUGUAAUUGGUGGCACACGAUUAACUCAAGAGCAACGAAGCAUGCAGGCUAACCCAUGUCAGAUCCUUGUUGCUACACCUGGAAGGCUUAAGGAUCAUCUUGAGAACACACCUGGUUUUUCUACCCGACUUAAAGGGGUGAAGGUUCUUGUUCUUGAUGAAGCUGAUCGCCUAUUGGAUAUGGGAUUUAGAAGGGAUAUUGAGAAAAUAAUUGCUUCAAUUCCUAGAGAACGACAGACACUGUUGUUUUCUGCUACUGUUCCAGAAGAGGUCCGCCAAAUUUCGCACGUGGCAAUGAAGAAGGAUUAUAGGUUUAUCAACACUGUUAAAGAAGGAGAUGAGGAGACACACUCACAGGUGAGCCAGACGUACAUGGUUGCACCACUAGACCUGCACUUUUCUAUCCUGCAUGAUGUAUUGAAGAAACAUGUCGCUGAAGAUGCAGACUACAAAGUUAUUAUAUUCUGUACUACUGCAAUGGUCACCAAACUUGUGGCUGAAGUUCUUUCUCAGCUGAAACUGAAUAUAAGAGAGAUCCAUUCCAGAAAGUCACAGUCUGCUAGAACUAAGGUCUCAGAUGAAUUCAGGAAGUCUAAGGGUUUGAUACUGGUCAGUUCUGAUGUGUCUGCUCGUGGUGUUGACUAUCCCGAUGUCACCCUUGUAAUACAGGUUGGAAUUCCUGUAGAUAGAGAACAGUAUAUACACAGACUUGGCAGGACUGGACGGAGAGGAAAGGAAGGUCAAGGACUUUUACUGUUGGCUCCUUGGGAAAAGUAUUUUCUUGGUACUGUUAAAGAUUUGUCGAUAUCUGAGGCCGCGGUACCUUCAGUCGAUUCAAGUGUUGAGACAGAAGUCAAAAAUGCUGUCAGAAAAGUAGAGAUGAAGAGCAAAGAAUGUGCCUAUCAGGCAUGGCUGGGGUACUACAACUCAAACAAGACGAUUGGUCGAGACAAGUCCAGGCUUGCUCACCUUGCAGAAGAGUUCAGCCAAAGCAUGGGCCUUCCAGUUCCUCCAGCGAUACCUAGAAACAUUCUUCGUAAGAUGGGUCUUAACAAUGUUCCUGGGCUCCGAUCAUCAUAAUCAUGAUGCUUCAGUGCCAAGCAGAACUGCAUAACUUGUGGUAAAACAAACAUGGGCAUUUUACCGGCCAUAAUGCCCCCAACUUGGUCACCAGUAUACAGGCAUAGUACUUCAGUAUCGCAGGUUUUCUGCAUUUGCAAAUUGUUGCUGAAGGUCAGAAGUUUUGACAAACGCCUUCAUCCUGCGCAUAGGCCUGGAGUUCAGAAGUUUUAGGCUCAAACGUGACUUGUCCAUUAGUUUCUCAAAUUUUGUCAAGUCCACUAUCCACAGAGAUAGUUGAAACGGACCGAGUGAUUCUUGAUAUAUAGCGGUUUAUCACAGUUUAGUAAUCUGUAUGAAA